AUGCCUUCUCUCCUCUCCUCACGCCACUCCAACAGCCCUGCUACUUUCCGUCUCCGUCCUCGAACGUCUCUGGCAGACAAGGUAUUACACCUCCUCAACCCGAACAAGAAGUCCGAACCUCGUCCACGUCUCAUCAUCUCCCAUCCUCAACCACUCUCCCGACGCGCAUCGCCAGCGCCUCCAACCACUUCAGCUGCCACUCCAACCACUCGCGUGCUCCCAAAGCGGAAACGCGACGUCGAGGAGAACGACCUCGCAACGCCUCCCCGCGCUCGCGCCCGCCUUGACUCUAGUGCUUCCCAAGACUCGGUGCGCUCGACACUUCGUUUCCAGAAGCUCGGUCGGGAAGCCCGUGCAUCACGCCCGCUCAAGAGCGCCCUCAAACGCUCCGUCUCGGAAGGGUACCAACUACCCUCCAGCCGCACCUUCGCGUCCACUACCGCCCACACACUCAAGCGCGUGACCACCCCACGCCGUCGCCGCUCGCGCUCCGUCUCCUUCUCGGUGUCGACCACCUUCAGCCGCCCCGCCACCCUCGGCGCCAACUCCACAAAGCCGAGCGUUAUCGCGAAGAUAAGGCGCGCCACUUGGAUCCCCGCGUUCGCGCUCCACAUCGGCACCCCUCCUGAAAAGAACAACAACGAUAGUCAUGCCAGGAAAGCGCUCGACGACGCCCACUGGGACGCCACCAUCGACACGCGGCCGACCCCGACCCGCCGCUGUUUCGCCGCCGCGUCGCCGCCACCUCCGUACUCGCAAGAGAUCGACUCACCGUUCGUCGACGCUGGGAACGAGAGCCGGUUCACCGCGAGCGCGGAGAAUAGGGUUCGAGACUCUGGUUGCGGAUCGGACGUGGAGGAUCACUGCGACGCGGCGGCGGACACGACCUUCAUCAGCUCUCCAGUGCGCAACGACCCGCCUCCUCCUCGCCAAGUCUCUAGUCCCCUCAUACAUCGUUACUCUCCCUAUGAUAACUCCGGUCGUCCGAAGGCGCGCUCUUCGACUGUGCUCCAAGCCAUCCAGAAGCGCGAAGUCCCAGCGUUAUCCUCGCACAGACCGCCAGCAUCGCUGUCUUCUACCGUCCCGCAACCGUUCACGCUUCCUCCCGUCAGCAGCUUGCUACCAGACACACACGCACUCAAUCUUCCGAGGGUUCCGUCAGACGCGAAAGCUUCGGUGGCACCGCAGCAGCAACCCAGCGCGUCUCAACCAGUCUUCAGCAUGCCGGGCUUGUGGAACUCGCCUCGGAAGGUCUCGGUCGAUAUCGAGCCGGACGAGUGGCAGAUCGUGGUCUGGGACGCGAACGAGCAAGACAUCCUCGCGUGGGGCGCCACCCUCGUCGUCCGCGACACCCGCCCACCACCCGGCGGCUCAAAGGCCUUCCCUCCUCGCUCGCCCAUCCAGGAACUCCACAUCGAGCUCGCCGCCGUCGCGUCCCCUUGCGGCGCCGCCUCUGCCUUCCACCUCCACAUCUCCUCUCUCCACGCCGACUUCCGCACAACGUACACCGGCCACAAGAUCGCCCGCGCCGACGUUCUCAGCGCGCUCAGCGUCCAGACGGGGAUCGCCAUCGACCGCGACACCGUCUUCGUCCCGCUCCCUCCAUCUUCGUCCUGGUCUCGGUUCGAUGCCAUCCCGUGGCUCGCUUUCCCUGGGAGCGCGACAUCGGCAAAGCACAAGGAAGACGGGAGCAACGGCGCGGAGACGGAGACGGACCCGGCAGCGGAGUGGCGCGUGCGCUUCUGGGCCCCGGUCCCGCUCGCGCUGUUCGGGCGCCGGGAGCACCGGACGUUCGUCGUCCGCGCGCGCGCGACGGUCGUGGACUGGGACCUGCCGAAGGCGGAGGUGUGCGCGGCGCCGGUCGUCGUGGGGGUCGAGAGCCUCAAGAGCGAGGCGUUCUUGGGCGCGGUUGUGUGCGGGAAUCGGGGUGGCGAGGCGAGGGCUGGGAAGGUCAUCGCGGGCCCGGAGAAGGCGGGGGCGGGGGCGGGUGGCGGUGGAGCGGAUACGAGGAAGAGGAAGAGUUUAAUCGAGGAGGUGCGAGGUGAGGUGAUGUGA